AAAAAAACGUCAAUCUGAGAAAAUUUGCUUUUACUAAACAUUUAUCUUAAUUCCGUUCGCAACUUGGAUAUGCCUUAAAGAAAUAUGUUAGCUUUUUGUGAUUGCUUUCUGUUGCUACACAUUUUAACUUCUUACCAUCUUAGCUCAUAACUAUCCUGAUCUAGUGGAUCAAAGGCAUUCUAGCCAUGAUCAUCUCAUUCUUUUUGGUGUAUGUAGGAAUAUGUCAGCUAUUGCAUGCACCAUGUCCUUUAUAUAAGAUGAUAACGGGUUUAAAGGAGAUUUGGCAAGUAUUUCUAGCAAGUCGAGCGACCACGAAGAGGCAAGCUCACUAACUGUAGAAGGGGUCCAAAAGUCCGUAGGUAUUCAAACAAUCAAAAGCUACUCAUGAAUAUCCUACCGAGUCAUCAUUUUGUUAUCUUGCCUCCUUUGCUUGAGCGACCUCCGCCACAACUACUUCCACAAGCUACCUAACAGCAGUAUGAUCGAUAAGAACAGUAGUUAUUUCUAGACUGCGGAUGGAAUUAGUGUCUUCUAUUUAAAAUUAUUUCCAUUAUUUCCAUCCAUACAAAUGAUACGGUGUUAUACUGUGAGACCGGAAGUAACACGGAUGUUAGCUCUUAGUGUUAAAACAACAUUAUGUAACAAAAAGAAAACAGAAACCUCGAUAUUCAAGAAAGAAGUUCGAAACUAUGACUGUUUUUGUUGGUGCACGCAAAAGAAUAUACCAUAAAGUAGUAUCCGGUGUGCAGCUGUUGUUUUCACGGAAAUACCUUCUCCUGACUAAUACAGCCAUUAGUAUAACAUCAGCAGCAGGUGGAGAUUCUGUUCAACAAUUCUAUGAACUUUCAAUUCAGCGACAGCAAACAUGGAACAAAGAUCGGACUCUACACAUCAGUAUUACUGGUUUAAUAUUGGGACCCCCAAGCCAUUAUUGGUAUCACCUGAUAGACUAUCUUUUCCCAGGUUCUUCAGUUCGUGUAGUUGCCAAAAAACUACUAUUUGACCAAACUAUAGGUACACCGAUAGGUAUUUUUCUAUUUUUAUCAUCACUAGGAAUUCUAGAAAAUUCUUCAUUUGACAAAAUGUUAACUGAAUACAAAAACUGUGGAAAAACUUUGUUACUUUCUGAAUGGCUAAUUUGGCCUCCAGUACAAGUGAUUAAUUUUGCUUUCAUACCACUUAAAUUUCGUGUUUUAUUUGAUAAUUCAGUAUCGUUUGGAUUUGAUAUUUAUUAUUCUUAUAUUAAAUAUAGAACUGAUAAGGUUUCUGACUGAUAUUAAAAAUAAAAGUGAAAUUUGAUGAAAAUAUAUAAAGUGCCUUUCUUUCAAAUGUCGAUACUUUGAGAUAUAAGAUAUUUGAACACACACAGACAUAUGUAAAUAAAUAUCCUUUAAUUGGCGAAUAGCAAAUCAAAAUAAAAUAUUUGCCACAACUCCAAUUUUUCCUAAACCUGUGAUAUAUGUGUAAUAAAAAAAAAUUUAUAACAUUAUUUAUUUUGUUAAAGGUGAAUAUGGGACCUUUUCUGUUGUCAGUUUUCAUUUUUUAAAAUUUUGUUCUUAUUGUUGUCAGAUUUAGUGUAUUGACGUGGUUUUAUAUGCUAAUUAUGGAAAUGAAAUUCAUUUUUGCAAUAAAUUAAUACAUAAAAAGUUAAUAACUUUUGAAGUUUACAAAUUUUGGGUAAUUUUAACCAAUCAAAAGCCACAGGCAUAUUGGUUCCGGUUUCCAUAGUAACAAGCCAAGGUAUAGUUUCCUUAAAACACCAACCACAUGUAUUAUCUUUACCUAACUAUUUUCUUUCACAAAUGCCUAUUUUCUGAGUUUGUACUACCUCAUUUUUGUCAUUUUCACCUGUUCUUUUGAGAAAUGAACAAAUAUUUUUUGUUGUUGUUGUUGUCCUCUCACUACCUCAUUUUCAUAAUUUUGAACUCUGUGAUUUCCUGGACUUCUUCAACCUAAAUAGAUGCAUGACUGCAACCAGCUCAUUUAACCUUUCAAAUAUGAUGGAGAAAUUGAAAACCUAGGCAGAUGUGGUUUCUUACUUACAAGAGAAGGUUGUUAUCCUUAAAAGAAAAUUAUGUAGAAAAAGACACCAUAUGAACAAGAAGCUUUAUGGGAAAAUUUACAGUUGGUGCUCCCAAAAAGGUUGUCUGCCAGAAAAAAUACAUUGAUGGAAGGCAGCACUCUUCCUCUUAGGACAGUACUGCUUUUUUUCCCCUUUACUCAUGGGUCAAGGAAUUGACUUCAGUCUGGCUUUGUGUUGAAGAACUGGGGAUUACAAUAGCUAUGCUCGUGAAAUAUGUAUGGAGGACCUACUCCACAGCCCAGUUCAGAUAAACAGUCCUGGGAAAUUUGUUGAGAUAAAUGAAGCAGUCUUCUCAAAGUGUAAAUACAAUUGGGGAAGGUGCUUGCUACCUGAACAGGUUUUCAGAGGAGUGUGUUGUGAGACCAGACAUGUUUUUCUUUAUAUGGUGCCAUGUCGGAAUCGUAAUACACUGGGGGAAUGCAUAUGUCAAUCAGUUCCUCCAGGAAACACAAUUUUCAGUGACUUCUGACAUUCUUGAAAUUUAUGGUUAUAAUAUGUGGCACAGGAAAUAAAACUCUAAUUUGUUUGAGAAAAAACUUCUAGACUGUAUCUCAAACUUUUGUUUUUUAAUUUUUGCUACAAAAAAUGUAUCAAUUAUUUACAUGAAAUGAACUAUUUUUGUUUUGUAAUUUAAUGUAGUUUGUACUUUUGUAAUUUUUUGCAAAAAAUAAAAAAAAUUCCUUGAGGA